GCGGUCAAUGUGUGCUCAGCGCUGCAGUCGCGCGGCCUCAGCGCCGCAGACGCCGCGCGCGUGCUCGACUCUGGCCUGGCCCUGCGCCUGACGCUCUAUGUUUCCGCCGAUGACGGCAACAGCAGCAGCAGCAGCAGCAGCAGCAGCGAGGCAACCGCGGACUCGAGCGCCGGAGCUGGCGCCACCGCCGCCGGCCGGCUCGCUGACUUUGCGUUCGGCCUGCAGCUCGACGAUGGUCGCUGCGAGCGCUUCUCAUUUGAGAGCCACGUGCGCAGCCCGUCCUCUUAUUUCUUCUACAGUGGCCGCCGACGGGCCCCGGAGGGCGCCGGCUGGCUGCGGGCCGAGCAUCUGGUCGUCAAGUGCCCGCGCGGCUUCCGGCGCGCGUCUGUGCUGCUGCGCGCGCGCGGUGCGGCGGGCGGGGCCGCGGGCGCGGCGCCGGCUGUGAGGUUUGGGUCGGUGGAGCUAUAUUUUGUGCCGGCCUACGAGCCCUGA